CUCAUUUUCCUGGUGGAUGCCUCCAAGGCGAUGUUUGAGCCCGACGGGGAGGGGCUGGCUCCCUUUGACAUGACCAUGCAGUGCAUCCGGAAUGUGUACACCAGCAAAAUUAUCAGUAGUGACAGGGACCUGUUAGGUGUCGUGUUCUAUGGUACAGAAAAGAACAAGAACUCGGCAGAUUUCAAGCACGUCUACGUUCUCCAGGAGCUGGACAACCCAGGUGCCAAGCGUGUGCUGGAGCUGGACCAGUACAGGGGAGAAGAAGGACGAGUGCUCUUCAGGGAGACCUUUGGCCACGAUGCCGACUACUCACUGGGGGAAGCACUCUGGGCCUGCUCCAACCUCUUCAGUGAUGUCCAGGUCAGGCUCAGCCACAAAAGGAUCAUGCUCUUCACCAACGAGGAUGACCCUCAUGCCAAUGACAGUGCUAAAGCCAAGCUGGCCAGGACCAGAGCUGGUGACUUGAGAGACACAGGUAUCAUCCUGGACUUGAUGCACUUGAAGAAGCCUGGAGGCUUUGACAUCUCUCUGUUCUACAGGGAUAUUAUAAAUGUAGCAGAGGAUGAAGACCUUGGGGUCCAACCUGAGGCGUCAGAGAAACUGGAACAGCUCAUGAAGAAAGUACGAGCAAAAGAGACCAACAAACGAGCUCUAGUCAGGUUAAAUCUGUAUCUGAACAAAGAUCUGGCACUUUCUGUCAGUGUUUACAACCUUGUUCAUAAAGCUUAUAAGCCCUAUCCAGUGAAGCUUUAUCGGGAGACUAAUGAGCCAGUUAAGACCAAAACAAGGAUGUUUAAUGGAAAAACAGGCAGCUUGCUCUUGCCUAGUGACACAAAAAGGGCUCAGGUCUAUGGAAACCGUCAGAUUGUGCUGGAGAAAGAGGAAACAGAAGAAUUAAAACACUUUGAUUCUCCAGGCUUGUUUCUGAUUGGCUUCAAACCCCUUUCAAUGCUAAAACAGCACCACCACAUCAGACCCUCCCAGUUCAUCUACCCUGAGGAGUCUGUAGUAAGUGGGAGUACCAGGCUGUUUAACGCCUUGCUGAUGAAGUGUCUGGAGAAGGAGGUGAUGGCCCUGUGCAGAUACACCCCCCGCAGGAACACCCCUCCUCGCUUCGUGGCCCUGCUGCCCCAGGAGGAAGAGCUGGAUGAGCAGAAGGUCCAGGUUGCCCCUCCAGGUUUCCACAUCAUUUUCCUGCCAUAUGCAGAUGACAAACGUCGUGUUGAUUUUACAGAAAAGGUGCCAGCCAGUCGAGAGCAGGUGGACAAAAUGAAAGAGAUAAUUCAGAAACUCCGGUUCAAAUACAGGACUGACAGCUUCGAGAACCCAGUUUUGCAGCAGCACUUCAGGAAUCUGGAGGCUCUGGCACUGGAUAUGCUUGAACCAGAACAAGCUGAGGACCUUACAAUGCCCAAGGCUGAAGAGAUGAACCGCAGGCUGGGCAACCUGGUGGAGGAGUUUAAGCAGCUGGUUUAUCCCCCUGACUACAACCCUGAUGGGAAGGCUGCAAAGAGAAAACAAGCUUCUGAUGGUCAAGCUGAGAAGAGGCCCAAGGUGGAAAUGUCCAAAGAUGAGCUGAGGAGUCACGUGCAGAAGGGCACUCUAGGCAAGCUCACUGUGCCUGUCCUGAAGGAUGCCUGCAGGCUGUGUGGGCUGAAGGAUGGAGGGAAGAAGCAGGAGCUCAUGGAUGCUCUAACUGAAUACUUUAAUGACCACUAAGCAGAAAACCCUGUUUGACUUCCAUCA